AUGACAGUUGUUCUGUUUACCAUAAUCCUGUCUAACGCCUCUUGCACGACCCUCUCGGAUUCGGCAUCCAGUGCGCUCGUUGCCUCGUCUAAAAGUAAAAUUCUCGGCCGCCACUCUAAUUUCUUCAUCACUGGCACCUUCCUUCCCAUAAGCAAUAUUAUCCUUAAUGCUGGUUGUGAAAAGUACAGGUUCUUGGCUGACAAGACCGAUUUUCGACCUAAUCCACUUGAGCUGAAACUCUUUGAGAUUGGUCCCAUCGAUGAGCACUUCACCUGCUUGUGGAUCAUAGAAUCUCUCAAUCAGACUUAUGACAGUCGAUUUCCCGCUCCCACUUUGCCCCACCAGAGCGGCCGUCGUGCCACUUGGGAUGAACAGAGAAAAGCCUCUGAAUAUUUGCUCAUCUGGUCGAGCUGGGUAGCUGAAGUGUACGUCUCUUAG